AUGUUCAAGUCUAGACUUUUAAAUGUAUCGUUUGUAUUGAAAAAUCGAUCAAAUUAUCAAAUAAGAAGAUAUAAUUCUUCUCUAAUUAAAGCUAGAAAACAAUGGCCUGAACUAUUAGAAUCAGAUUUUAUACAAGAUGCAAAUACAAAAGAGUAUGUUCCAGAUUAUGUCAAAUUAAUAUUAACAUCACGAGUUUAUGAUGUGGUUGACGAAGCUGGUACUCCAUUAAAUCAUGCAAUUAAUUUAUCACAUAAAUGUGGUUCAAAUAUAUAUUUAAAAAGAGAAGAUUUAUUACCUGUAUUUUCAUUUAAAUUACGAGGUGCAUAUAAUAUGAUUUCAAAUUUACAUUCAAAUUCACCAACUCCAAUUAGUGGUGUUAUUGCAUGUUCAGCUGGAAAUCAUGCUCAAGGUGUUGCAUAUUCAGCUAAUAAAUUGAAAAUACCCGCUACUAUAGUUAUGCCAACACCAACCCCAUCAAUUAAAUAUACAAAUGUUUCAAGAUUGGGUUCUCAAGUUGUUUUAUAUGGUGAUGAUUUUGAUCUGGCUAAAGCUGAAUGUGCAAGAUUAAGUGCCGAACAAAAUUUAAUUAAUAUUCCACCAUUUAAUCAUCCUUAUGUUAUUGCUGGUCAAGGUACUAUUGCUUUAGAAAUUACUAGACAAUUGAGAUUGGAUAAAUUAAAUGCUAUAUUUGUACCUGUUGGUGGUGGUGGUUUGAUUGCUGGUAUUGCAUCAUAUUUGAAACAAAUUGCUCCUCAUGUUAAAGUUAUAGGUGUACAGGCUUAUGAUUCUAAUGUUUUAUAUGAAUCAUUAAAGGAAAAGAAUCAAGUUCAAUUAUCAAAAGUUGGUAUAUUUGCAGAUGGUACAGCUGUUAAAAUUUUGGGUGAUGAAACUUGGAGAUUAUGUAAAGAUUUAGUGGAUGAAGUUGUCUUAGUUUCAACUGAUGAAUUAUGUGCUGCAAUCAAGGAUAUUUUUGAAGAUACCAGAUCAAUUACAGAACCAUCAGGAGCAUUAUCAGUUGCUGGUGUUAAAAAAUAUAUAGAGAAUCAUUCAGAAAUUGAUCAUAAAGAUAAAAAUUAUGUUUCAAUCUUAUCUGGUGCAAAUAUGAAUUUUGAUAGAUUAAGAUUUGUAUCGGAAAGAGCUGUAUUAGGUGAAGGUAAAGAAGUUUCAUUAGCCGUUACAAUUCCUGAAAAACCAGGUGAAUUUUCUAAAUUGCAAAAGAUCAUAAAUCCAAGAGCAAUUACUGAAUUUAGUUAUAGAGGAAACGGACAAGAUAUUGCUAAUAUUUUUGUUUCAUUUAAUGUUGUUGAUAGAAAUCGUGAAAAACCAAAUGUUAUAAAACAAAUGACUGAUUCAGGUUAUGAAGUUGUUGAUAUUUCAGAAAAUGAAUUGGCUAAAACCCAUGGUAGAUAUUUAGUUGGUGGUAGAUCAGAUAUUACAAAGAAGAAGAAUGAAAAAUUGUAUGAAUUUGAAUUUCCAGAAAGACCAAAUGCAUUAUUUAAUUUUUUACAGGCUUUAAAAUCAGAUUGGGAUAUAAGUUUGUUUAAUUAUAGAAAUCACGGACAAGAUGUAGGUAAAGUAUUAUGUGGAUUUACAUUACCAGAAGGUUCAGAAGAGGAAUUUCAAGAAUUUUUAAAAACUAUUGGUUAUACUUUUGUUGAUGAAACCGAAAAUGUCUUUUAUAAAAAGUUUUUGAUUAACUAG